GUUCUCCAAGCCGAAAAUGCGCCGAAGAAGAAGAGCGAAGUGGGCGCGGGAAUUUGUGUUGACGAUUAUUUAGCGAGUUAGCUUCUUUAUCGUUCGUUUGCAGUUUCUUAGUUCUGGAAAAUAUCGUAAUGUUGUAAAAGUUUUAUUUAUAAAUAAGAGAAAUGUUAACGUUUACGUUGUGGUUGAAAACUUUCCAAACUGAGCCAGCUAGUUAGUUAAUGUUAGCUAGCUAGCUAGCUAAAAACAAUAUUGAAAUCAAUGAGUAGCUAAGCUAAGCUAGUACUUUGUGCUGAACAGUUUAGCCUUCAGAAUAAACUCCUCCGGCGCUGACGCUUUUCUCUGACAGCAACGCACUCAAAGAUGAUGAACUUGGGGAGAGCGAAGAAGAAACUUCGUUACUUUCAGUCAGAGGAAAGAACUCCAUGUCAGCUGAAGAUUAAAGAUGUCUUUAGUGUACGAGACCUUGACAAUAUUUUUGACGAUUUAGAUUCUGAUCCAGGGACACCGCUGCUCUCGCCACUGCCCAAGAGCCCGGGGUUAGAUGAACAUCAUCGGAGAUGCCAGACACCAGUUCUGAAGCCAGCCCCACCUUUCAGAGGGGCGAUCAGUCCUCUCAAGAGUUCAGAUGUUUUGGAAGCAGAAGCUUGUAUUCAGACGGACCAUUUAAGCAAUAAAGGAAGUCCAUUUGAAGAAAUUGCUCCAAUUAAGACCUCUAGUCCGAUUGAGCUAUUAGCAGCUGAAGGUGUUGGAGAGCAUGCAGAAAGGCGUAAAACCUGUCCACUGCUCUUUGGCAUUGAGGAUGAGGAGCCAGUUGUGGGUGACUUGAGCAAACCACAGACAAAUCAGAGAUCAGAAUCCCCAAAGGAUGUUCCUCAAGGGGAUAGUGAAUCAUUGGAGUCUCCUCCAGUGCGAUUGAAGUUUGGAAAGCCCACAAAGCAGAAUGAUCCUGUAACAAGCUCAACACUGCCAGAAGCACCAGGCCAAGUGUGCAAGACCUCAGCACCGGAACCUGAAGGACUGCAAACAGCUGCACACUUAAGUUUAUCCCCUGUAGUUUUGAUACAAAAGCGCCAGCCUGGCCCUCUUCCACAGGAGCAACCUGACAAGCAGGUGCAGGAAAUGGCUAUGGAAGUAGGGAUGAAACAAUCAUUGUUCCACAAAAAGCUCAGAAAUUCCUUACAACCUAAAGCCUCAUGUUUCAGGAAACCGGAAACUCUGAAACAACCAGCUCAUGCUCCUUCACCACAUGUUCAGGAGGAAGACUUCAUGAUCCUGGAGGAUGACCAUCCCAUUCGCUUCACCAUUCCAAAGAAGACUGGGAUUAAAGAAAAACCUGCACCGCCGACUGGAUCUGUGGAACCAGAUUCGCAAGAGGAAGCUUUUCCAAAGCAGGCCGAAGGAGCCGAGAAACAGAAAGAUGAAAACAAAAAGAAAACCAACAAGAAAACAAAGCAGGGAAAAGCUAAUGCUACGGCCACUAAAGACGCUACGGUUCAGUUAGCUCCAGAAGAGAGCAAGGAUGAGGUCAUCGAAGAUGUGGGAGGUGGAGAACAGAUCUGUCUUUCUCCAGACACCAAUCAAGAUGCUGAUACACCCGUUAUAGGAAAACAGAGACCAAAAGGCAAAACCUCUAAGCCUGAACAGCAUAGCAGGAAAGAUGGAAACGAUGGUGGUGCCAAAAUUCCAGCUGAAAAGCCUCCAGGUAAAACGAAGAAAUCUGCAAAAUUGCCCAGCAGUACUAAUGCAGGACAAGAAGAACCUGUGUCACAUGUGAAGAAGAAACCUGCUACAGGUUUAAGCUCUGCAAAACCAAAGAAACAAGAUGAAGACAGGAGUGCGUUAAAGAAUAAGAAAUGGGCUAAAGAGCAGGAGCGUAUGGUCGAGGUGCAAAAUCACACUGAACCACCACCGGACCGUGCUGAACAACCAGAGGUUCAGAGCACAAGUACAGAUGUAUCAGUUAAUAAAGCAAAUGAAGAGCCUGCAUCUAAGCAGUGUGCUCCAAAGAAGCCAGGAAGGAUAAAGAAGACAGAGAAAAUGCAAGAAAUCUUAAAGAAGCAGGUCCCUGUGCUUGAGCCUGCAGAGGUUUAUCCAGAGGCUUCUGCAACCAGCAAGAGGAAGAGAAAACCACCCGGGGAAUGGUGGCUUACACAGCACAAUGAAGAAAACAUGCAGGAACAACAGGAGGUAGUUCAGCCAUCACAGGAGCUCAAAUCCAAUAGGAAAACCCCAGUAUUAACAGAGUUGACGGAGCAAGAGUUCGCUAUGACUUGUCAGGAAAUCCAGAGCCAGCCUGUUACUGUUCAAAAACUGUUCACAAAGGUGAAGAAGUCACAGGCUGAUAAAUGUCAGUCCGAACCUGCUGCUUCCCAGAAAAAUCCUAAAUCGGCAGGUGGCAGACGGAAACCCAAUUCAGGAGCUCAAGCCCAGCGUGAAACGACACCAAUUCUGAUGGUUGAAGAAGAGGUGAACAAUAAUGAGGCUUCAGGGCAGAUCAGUCCACUGGCAUGUAGUCAACUUCCUAGACAGCUGUGUGUAACUCCAGGAGACAAAAGGGUGUUUGAUCGCAUCUACACACAGAAAGGUCAGCGUGGAUCUGCUCAGAAAUGUCCUCCACCAUUACUUGAUGCACAAGACAGCGUUCCAGUAAAACGCCAGAGAAAACCACCCCAGACCUGGUGGGAGGUUCCACAGUCUCAGGGGUUUAUUGAGAACACUCGGUCUCCACGAAAUUCUUCCUCACAAGCAUCCAGACCACAGAUGGGCCCUCCACAGAGUGCAUUUCAUAAAAUGACCAGUUUACAAGAGACAGUGGGUCGUAGCCAGAAAAAAAAGAAAAUUGACAUGAUUAAGACUCCAAAGUCAGUUAAAAGAUCGUUGGCCACAUUUGAUGCCAUAUAUAACUCUGGGAAACUGGGUCCCUCGACAGAGAGAGGUCACAGAAUGCGGCAAAAGGGCCGCAGAAACUUGCUGCACUCUCUGGAGGAUCAGUCGGAGCAUUCCAGUGAGAACAUCCAUAGCGACCAUCAGCAGAAGGCUAGCGGCCAUGCUACGUUUGACGUGUGCGAGAGUGGUGGUGUCUCAGAGUCCAGUGUUGCUUGGAGGAAAUCUAAUCUUCGAGCAUCAAGGAGAUCCAAUAGAGCAUCUGAUUAUGACCUUGCUUUCAAAAGUGGUCCUUCAUCUCUAAUCGAGCUGGAGCGAUAUGAAGAGCAUGAGGAUGCUGAUUUGCCAUCAUCUAGGAUAAUUACUCAAACGCAGUUCACACCCCGUGUUCUGUCCAAUUGUGAUCUGUGUGGUCCUCCACUAAAGCCUGUUGUUCUCGAUAAUGAAGACUGGGAUAACCUGUGUGUUUGGUUCAGUCAUAUCUGGCCAACCACUUCAAAAGAUGGUAAAGGCAUCAACCCAGAUGACUUCCACUGGCACUGUUAUGCUGGACGAGCCAUGGGUCAUAUGGUCGACCUUGAGAACAACACAUUCUCAAGUGGCAAGAUUUUAUUGGGCUCAUACAUGAAGAAACCUGCACAGAUGGAUCUUAAUGCAGUUACUGUAUUUAAUGUAGCAUCCAGUUGUGUGCGGGUGGAAAUCGACGGCGUCAAGGAGGUGUACGACUCGGGGCAUACGUUUAUGACACCUUGUGGGCAAUCCUACAGCAUUCACAACAUGUGCCAGGAGCCGGCUGUUUUGUGGUACCACAGGAUGUUACCAAAUUGCACACCAAACUGACCUGGAAGAAACAUCACUGCAGAAAAAUCAUGUCUUUUGGUACAUGUGUUCAUGGAUAUGAUGAGAAUAAGAUAUUAAUGUUGUAACAUGAUGUAAAUAUGUUUUUAAAAUCACAUUACAGAGAGCCUAGAAGGCUUAAAUAUUUGGCUUUAAAGGAACAGUUUUGUUUUUUAAUGUAAAUAACAUUGUUGCACCAUUACAGAUUGAAAAGACAAUAUGACUCAGUUUGUUAAACUGGUUAUUUAAAGCAUCGCUUCCUGUUUUUAACAUUCAGAUGCAGUGUCCCUGAAAAAUGUCAAAUAAAUGAACUUGUCAGUAGGGGGCAUUGUACCAUAAUGCAGCAGUCCUUCUGUGAAAUUCAUAUUUGGUGAUUUGUGGCUGAACGCGUGUUGGAGGAAUCCUGAUUACCUGUUGGCAUUAGUAUGUGAAGUGGCCUUACAGGUUCUUGUUGGGCAUUUAGCAUAUAAACAUUAUUAGUAUUCGUCUUUUAACAAUGCAUCAGUGAUGAAUCUGCAUUGAAAUGUGUUCUAUUAGAAAUGAUUGAAACA